AUGGAUUCCGCGAGGGGCCCGGGGCGCGCCACGUGGGUGCUGGCCGGGAGCCUGCUGGCCGCUGCCCUGGCGCUGCCCUCGGAAUCCGGGAACCUAGGCCGGCUCCCCGAGGGCACUGGUCCCCGCCAGCACACCCUGGGCCCGCAGCCUCUGAGGGACCCCUCCACGGCUCCCGGGGCGGAGCCUGAGCGGACCGCCCAGGACUUACCCUUUGGGAUUUGGCCCAGUGUGAAAAACUCUCAUAUUACGACUCCAGAGGAGGCACCAUUUGGAAUGAAAUUCAGUAAGGAAAUUGAAGUCUUUAACCCACCCCUGGCUUCUGCAGCCUCUAGUGGACCACGGAUUCAUUCCGUUUUUGCUUUUACACACUCGUGGCCUAGGAAGACCUUGUUUAAAAGAGACUCUGCUGUAACACACCGCCUGUAUGGAGACAUUUCAAGAGACGUUCAAGGGACUUCUGAGAAUGGAGUCAUUUUUCAGAAAUGUGCAGUGGUGUCUGUGCAGGGUGAGUGGCCAUCAGCCCACGUGCUACUGUUUGUGAACAAUACCAGGACACCCACGGCUGCCAACCUCUCCGACCUGCUCUUACUGGACAACAUUACUGGCCUCACUGUUAGUGAGUCAGCUGGAAACCAGACCUCAAGAGGCUUCCAGGCUUUCAGGAAGAAGUUUCUGCAAGUUGGAGACUCCUUCUCUGUCAGCUACACAGCUUCGCUCGAGGCCAGAGACGUCGGGAGUGGAGACAUCCUGCUGCUUCCUGCCCAGCUCUCCUUCCAGAGUUCGUCACAGAACAGAACCCAGCUAAAAGCCCCCUUCUCCAUAACAGCAGAAGAAAAGAUCAUGGUUCUGCCGAACCACGGCCUCCACGCGGCAGGGUUCUGUGUGGCCUUCAUCCUCUCCCUGGUGCUGACCUGGGCUGCGCUCUUCUUCAUGGUUCGAUACCAGUGUGUGAAGGGAGGCAUGCUUACCAGACAUCAGGUUCAGCAUCACGGAAACAAGCUGGAGCACUCCCAGCUCACCUCAGCUGAUGGUGUGAAUGAGGAUCUCGCUCUCAAUGACCAAAUGAUAGACAUUCUGUCUUCUGAGGACCCUGGGAGCAUGCUUCAAGCCUUAGAACAAUUGGAAAUUGCAACCCUAAAUCGGGCAGACUCAGAUCUGGAAGCUUGUCGAACUCAAAUCAGCAAAGAUAUCAUUGCCCUUCUGCUGAAAAAUCUGACCAGCAGGGGCCAGCUCUCCCCUCAGGUGGAGAGGAGGAUGGGUGCUGUGUUCAAAAAGCAGUUUCUGUUGCUGGAGAAAGAAAUACAAGAGGAGUAUGAUCGGAAGAUGGUGGCUCUGACGGCUGAGUGUGACCUGGAAACAAGAAAGAAGACAGAAAGCCAGUACCAGAGGGAGAUGGCAGCCAUGGAGGAAGCAGAAGAGGUGCUGAAACGUGUCAGUGAGAGGUCUGCCCUUGAGUGCAGCAGCCUCCUGCGGACCCUCCAUGGCCUGGAGCAGGAACACCUGAGGAGGUCGCUGGCUCUGCAGCAGGAGGAGGACUUUGCCAAGGCCCACAGGCAGCUGGCCAUUUUCCAGAGGAAUGAACUGCACAGUAUCUUUUUUACCCAGAUAAAAAGUGCUAUUUUCAAAGGAGAGCUGAAGCCAGAGGCAGCAAAAAUGCUGCUGCAAGAUUACUCUAAAAUACAGGAGAGUGUCGAAGAGUUAAUGGACUUUUUCCAGGCUAGUAAGAGAUAUCAUCUCAGUAAAAGAUUUGGCCACAGAGAGUACCUGGUCCAGAACAUCCAGUCGUCAGAGACCCGUGUGCAAGGCCUGCUGAGCACUGCGUCUACUCAGCUGACCCUCCUCAUCCAGAAACACGAGAGAGCAGGCUACUUGGAUGAAGAUCAGAUGCAAGUACUCUUGGAGCGGGCUCAAACAGAAGUCUUUUCUAUAAAACAGAAGUUGGACAAUGACUUAAAGCAGGAGAAGAAAAAACUCCACCAAAAACUAAUAAUUAAGAGAAGAAGAGAGAUGCUGCAAAAGCACAAGGAACAGCGGAGGGAGCAGCUGUCCAUCGCCGAAGCCUCCGGGGCCGCCGAGGAUGCCGGCCAGUACCUGGACCAGUGGCGGGGCCUGAUGGCCGAGCACAGCGCCGCCCUGGAGGAGCUGCAGGAGCGCCUGGACCAGGCUGCCCUGGAUGAGCUCAGGGCGCUGACCCUCUCGCUGUCCGAGAAAGCCACAGAGGAGCUGCGGCGUCUGCAGAACUCAGGGAUGACCCAGGAGCUGCUCAAGCGUGGGGUGCCUUGGCUCUUCCUGCAGCAGAUCCUGGAGGAGCACGGCAGGGACCUGGCGGCCCGGGCCGAGCGGCUAGAGGGUGAGGAGAGGGACCGGGGCCAGGAGGGCGUCCAGAGCGUCAGGCAGAGACUGAAGGACGAUGCGCUGGAGGCCUCCACGGAGGAGCAGGCGGAGCUGAGACACUGGGAGCACUUGAUCUUCACGAAGCUCUGCUCCUCUGCCUUCUCCCUGUCCGAAGAGGAGCUGCUUGGGAUGAGGCAGGAAGUUCACGGCUGCUUCGCGCAAAUGGACAGGAGCUUGGCCCUCCCCAGAAUCCGGGCCCGAGUCCUGCUGCAGCGAUUCCAGACGGCUUGGCGAGAAGCAGAGUUCCUGAAGCUGGACCAGGCCGUGGCCGCCCCUGAGCUGCAGCCACAGUCCAAGGCCAGAAAGCCACGCUCCAAGAGCAGAAGCAAGAUAGACCUUUUGAAGAAAUGCAUUGAAGAUAAAAUUCAGCUGUUUGAGGAACAGGCUCCCGAAGACCUGGUUGAAAAGGUCCGAGGAGAGUUGCUUCGGGAGAGAGUGCAGCAGCUGGAAGCCCAAGAGGGACGCUUUGCCGAGUCCCUCGUCUCCCUGCAGUUCCAGAAGGCGGCCAGGAUGGCCAGGACCCUGUGGGCGUACACCGCCCUUCUGAGCAUCCAGGACCUGCUUCUGGAGGAGCUGAGCGCAUCAGAGACCCUGACCAAGUCAGCCUGCAUGCAGAUCCUGGAGUCACACAGCCCGGAGCUCCAGGAGCUGGAGAGGAAGCUGGAGGACCGGCUGGCACACCAGGAGGCGGCCCAGCUGCAGCGGGCCCUGGACAGUCGGCAGCAGUGGGCGGGCGAAGGACCUGGGCUUCUGCAGGAGCCGGAGGAGACAGAUUCUGAAAGGCAGGUCUCUGCUGUCCUGCGGCGAGCCCUGAGCAAGGGUCAGAAGCUACUGGAGCAUCACCAGCAGAGUUUGAGAGAGGAGCAAGAAGACAGUGUUGUGCUGGAAGAUUUGCUGGAGAAUAUGGAGACUGACACCUUUGUGACCCUAUACGGCCAGGAGCUGAGACUGGCGUCGUACCUGUCGAAGCUGACGAUGCUGCCAGGGGGCGCGCUGCACCGGCUUCUGACCGUGGCUCUGCCCACAGCCUCGCAGGCCGAGCUGCUGGCCGCGCUGGACUCCGCGGGCCAGAAGCAUCAAGACCACGCGGUGGAGAAUGAUGGCGGUGGGGUGCAGGCUGAUCUGGGAAGGAGAGGGAAACACCAGGGCUGGUGGCAAGCCUUAGAGAGCAAACUUCGAGGAGAACUGAUAGACAAAGGCUUAGAGAAGAUGCUCUGGGCCCAGAAGAGGAAGGAGAGCAUAUUAAAGAAGACGUGUCCCCCUCUCAGAGAAAGAGUGAUAGUCUCUGGAAAAGGAAGUUGGCCACACCUGUCCCUGGAGUCCAUUGACGAACUGACCCCAGUGUCCAUUGUAGGGGCAGAAGCCGUUGAUCUAUUAAACACGGGUGAAAAGCUCUUUAUCUUCAGAAAUCCAAAGGAGCCCGAGAUCUCACUGCACGUUCCUCCCAGGAAGAAAAAGAAGAACUUUCUGAACGCCAAGAAGGCUGCAUGGGCCUUGGGCAUGAACUAG